AUGACGCGUGCUAAGGCCGCGGCACUUGAUGUCGAUGUCGCCUCUCAACCCUCUAAGCAACCUCUUCAGUCCAAGAAGUCAGCAGUCAAUGCGAAUCCUGCCGCUCAACGAAAGCGUGCUGCUCUAGGCGACGUCAGUAAUGUUGGAAAAGGCGAAGCAGUUGAGGGAAAGAAGCCUCUUGGUGGAGGCAAGGUCGGCUUGGUUUCCAAGGCCGCGCAACCUACCGGUGUUCAGAAGAGCCAAGCUCGCACUACCACGACGCGAUCGGCUCUAGGUACCAAGGAGACGAAAAAGACCGAAGUGAAGCGAGCAGGAUCUGGCUCAGGUGUUAUUGGAGCUCACAAGCGAAAGGUAACUUCGACGUCGAUCAAGCAAGACAUCCUUACCGAGGAGCCAGUCCGCAAGAAGGCUCAUACUCUUGAGAAGCAGGAACGAGCAGAACCUCAGGUAGAGAAGCUGGAGCCCGUGCCUGAAAAGGCAUCUCUUAAGGAGCCUGUACCUCAGCAGGAGGUUGGUCUAGUGCUUCCGCCUGGUGUCAAAGACCUAGAAGAGGAGGGCCUCGAGGACCCUUUAAUGGUUGCCGAAUACGCUCACGAGAUUUUCGAUUACCUUCGCGACCUGGAGUGCAAGUCAGUCCCGAACCCUCAAUACAUAAUACACCAGGACGAGUUGGAGUGGAAGACGCGCAGUAUUCUUGUCGACUGGAUGAUCGAGGUUCAUACGCGGUUCCACCUUCUCCCCGAGACACUGUUCCUUGCAACCAACAUCAUCGACCGUUUCCUUUCUCAGAAGGUUGUACAGCUUGACCGCGUACAACUGGUUGGCAUCACUGCUAUGUUUGUAGCUGCGAAGUACGAAGAGGUCUUAUCACCCCACGUUAGUAACUAUAGGAUGGUAUCCGACGACGGCUUUAGUGAUGCCGAGAUCCUCAGUGCGGAGCGCUUUAUUCUGGAGACUUUGAACUACGAUCUUAGUUAUCCUAACCCUAUGAACUUCCUUCGACGCAUCUCUAAGGCAGAUGACUACGAUAUCCAAUCUCGUACUAUCGGAAAGUACUUGAUGGAGAUCAGUAUCGUCGAUCACCGGUUCUUGGCGUACCGCCCCAGCCAUGUUGCUGCCGCGGCGAUGUAUCUGGCACGAAUGAUCCUUGAUCGAGGUGAAUGGGACCCGACCAUUGCAUUCUACGCCGGAUACACCGAGGAAGAGAUUGAGCCUGUGUUUGAGCUCAUGGUCGAUUACUUGGCGCGCCCCAUUUGCCAUGAGGCGUUUUACAAGAAGUACGCCAGUAAGAAGUUCAUGAAAGCUUCUCUCAUCACUCGUCAGUGGGCUAAGAAGAAUGCCCCCAUCUUCGGCAUCACCGAUACUAAGGAAUCGGUGGACGAUUUGGCGGCACUGGAUUAUUAG